AUGCUACAGAACAAGAAACACCCGUCCACCUCGAAGAGCAAGGCUGUAGUACCCACCAGUAGAGUUCUCGCUGGCCGUGUUACAAAGUCCACCCCCGCUCAGGUCGGUCCUGUGGAAAAGGCCGACGAUUACAAGACUGUCGAGGUGCCGUUUCAACAGUGGCGUCGAAUGCAGGAUGAGCUGAUGCUGCUCAAGUCCGCAAGUACCCACGGUCGUACCAUCGACAGCCUCCUCAAGGACAAUCGUCUGCUCAAGAACAGGUUGCAAAACAGGGACGACGAGAUAGAGCAGCUGGAGGACGAAUGGAAAGAAUUGGACGAGCAAUUUGGAGAAUCCGAAUACCGGGAGUCAAUAUAUCGAAAUGACUCCUUUGACGUCCGAUGCCAACUUGCCGGACGCGAGCGCCAGUAUCAAGCACUGGAGCACCAUUAUCAAGCUCGGGAGCAGCAGCAUCAGCUCGAGAUGGCUCAAAUGCACAAGCAGCUGGAGGAAGCUAUUUCAACCCUUCGGAUACAGGGCGCCAACGAUGAUGGAGACCUUGCGCGCAAAGACGAGGUGAACGUCGAGCGCCCGCAGCUCGAAAAGCGGAUCUGCCGCCGCGGAAUUGGCUGUCUCAACGUCAAGUGCAAGUUCAGCCACCCAGGUCGAGGUUGGUAA